GCCGCUUUUGGCAAUCGAUGGAAGUGCCAUCUGACGUGGCAGUAAACAAAAAUUCACGCAGUUCACACAGCGGUGAAAGAAAAACAAUUUUACACUUGAAAAAAUAAUUAUAUUUCUGACAAGAACAUCAAUUGAGAUAACGUUUUUGUCUUCGUUUUUAUCAUAUUUUGAAAAUUGUGAUCAUAAAAAAUUACUUAGUGAUAUUGAUGGAGUCCCGUCUUCCACUGUCUUGUCCUAUCAUGAAAUAGUGUUAUUUUUGUUAAUAAAAAAGGCAAAUCGAAAAAGAAAAAGCACCCGCAGUGGCAAAAUCACGUCUCUCGGAUAAAUUGCAAUCGAUAUUAAAAGGAAACGCAAAAUAUUGUCAUUCAAUUCUAAAAUAAAUAUGCGACAAUUUUAUUAUUUUCUGGGAAUCCUGGCCGUUGGCCUUCUUCCACUCGUUUACACUGAUGAGCACAACCACAUUUAUGAAGAUAAUGAAGAAGUAAUAUUAUGGAUGAGCACAAUUGGACCCUAUCACAACAGACAAGAGACUUAUUCCUAUUCUUCGUUGCCACUUUGCAAAGGCUCAAAGCGAGUUAUUAAUCAUUACCAUGAGACUCUGUCCGAAGCCUUGCAAGGCAUCGACUUGGAAUUUAGUGGUUUAGAAAUUGAAUAUAAAGCCGAUAUCUCGAAAACUGAAUAUUGUGAAAUUAUUCUAAGCGAAGAGAAUUUGAAACUAUUUCUUUAUGUCGUGAAAAAUCAGUAUUCUUAUGAAAUGUACAUUGACAACUUGCCCAUUAGAGGGGUCGUUGGAACUUAUCAAAAUGAAAAGGAAGGAGGCCCCACGUAUUAUAUGUACACAAACAAGAAAUUCGAAAUUGGCUACAAUGGAAAGCAAAUUGUCGACGUUAAUUUAACAACCGAUGGUCAUGUGAAAUUAGAACUUGGCGCUCAUAUUUCCUUCACAUAUGAAGUCAGUUGGAAAAAGAGUACAACAAAUUUCGAGGAUCGUUUCGACAAAUAUCUGGAUCCCAAUUUCUUCCAACACAGGAUUCAUUGGUUCAGUAUAUUCAACAGUUUUAUGAUGGUAAUCUUUUUGGUGGGACUUGUCUCGAUGAUAUUAAUGCGAACGCUGAGAAAAGAUUAUGCGAGGUACAGUAAAGACGAGGACAUGGACGAUAUGGAGAAAGAUUUGGGCGACGAAUACGGAUGGAAACAAGUUCAUGGAGAUGUUUUUCGACCUGCAAGCCAUCCAAUGUUAUUUUCCGCAUUUAUCGGUGCAGGUUACCAGAUAACAGUUGUUGUGUUCAGCGUGAUUGUAUUUGCCAUUCUUGGUGAACUUUACACGGAACGUGGAUCAAUGUUGUCGACGGCAAUUUUCGUUUAUGCAGCGACUUCGCCGAUAAAUGGCUACACUGGCGGUGGUUUAUAUGCACGAAUGGGAGGACGAAUUUGGAUAAAACAAAUGUUGGUCAGCGCAUUUUUAAUACCGGUCCUCGUUUGUGGAACGGCAUUCUUCAUCAAUUUCAUUGCAAUGUACUAUCAUGCGAGUCGAGCAAUUCCCUUUGGUUCAAUGGUCGCAGUCACUUGCAUUUGUAUUUUUGUCAUUCUUCCAUUGACAUUAGUUGGAACAAUAUUGGGGAGGAAUUUAGCUGGCACACCAGAUGCGCCUUGUCGCGUUAAUGCAGUGCCAAGGCCAAUUCCCGAGAAAAAAUGGUUUAUGGAACCGUUGGUGAUUAUUUUGCUUGGAGGAAUUUUACCAUUUGGAUCAAUUUUCAUCGAAAUGUACUUCAUUUUUACGUCAUUUUGGGCGUAUAAAAUCUACUACGUUUAUGGUUUCAUGCUUCUAGUGUUCAUUAUUCUUAUCAUAGUCACAGUUUGUGUUACAAUUGUAUGCACUUAUUUCUUGCUAAAUGCCGAAGACUACAGAUGGCAAUGGACAAGUUUCCUAGCAGCAGCUUCCACAUCGGGAUACGUUUAUCUCUAUUCGUUUUACUAUUUCUUCUUUAAAACGAAAAUGUACGGACUCUUCCAAACAGCUUUCUAUUUUGGUUACAUGGCCCUAUUCAGUGUGGCUUUGGGCAUUAUGUGCGGAACUGUUGGUUAUAUUGGUACCAAUACAUUCGUCCGCACGAUAUAUUCGACUGUUAAGAUAGAUUAAGCGUUCGAAUUUUUACCAGAGUGUGUAAUUUUACUACAUACUUUUUUAAAAUGAUACUUAUUCGCGUCAUUUGCGACGUUCAUCUUUCUUAUCUCUCUGAAGGGGAUUUAAAAACGAUAUUAAAAAAAAAAUUGCCAAUCCUCGAUGAAAGAAAACGAAGAUUCUUUGAUGCGUGAUAUAGUUAUUUUGGUCCACCAUUAACGACCUUAAAUUUCAAAAACUGUCCAUUACACUAUUUCUCUUUUUUUUCAAGAAAACAGUAUUCAAUACUAAACAUCAUCAAUAACUAGUCAAUCAAUAGAAUUUUGAAAGUGGAAUUUAAAGUCGUUAAAAUUCACUAAAAUAUUAUAAACGAAAAACAUCUAAGCUGUACAGUGUUUAAUAUUUUAGUAAUUCAUUUAAUUUCGAUAAAAAAAAUAAUCAUUAGGAAUUCCAUUUAUAUAAAUAUAUAUGAGAGAAACGAAAGGAAGGAAAGUAAAGAAAGAAGAAUGUGUAUUUGUGAAAAUCGCUCGACGUUGUUUUUUUUUUACUGAAGAAGAAGAAAAAAAAACAGAAGAAAGAUGGGAACUUUUUAAAAUUAAAUAUGGUCGCGCAAAAUAUCAACAAUUAGGAUGUACAAGAUGAGAAAAAAAAGUUUAUGUAUAGAAUGAUCUUGUGUGUUAACGUAAACCUCUUGGUUUAUUUAAAUUGUCAAACGCUGCCUUGUUUGUGAAUCCUGCUCUGUCAUGACAUAUAAAGAGCCAAAUGAAGUGACGUGGAUCUUGCAAUUUGAUGAAUUAAAUCGAAUUUCGGAAUCGAGAAGGUUAUAUACUAUUUAUGAGUAUUGUGAAGAAGCUGAAUGGGGAGAAUGGUAUAAUAAAUAAUUUAUUACAAAA